AUGGGAACUUACCAGCCAGAUUCUCUCGCCGGAGCUAUCAACUCCGAUGACAUCUCACCGAUUGAAGAAGUCCGGUUAACGGUGACCAACACCGAUGACCCGACCCUACCCGUAUGGACAUUUAGAAUGUGGUUUUUAGGCCUUUUCUCUUGUUGUUUACUCUCUUUUCUCAACCAAUUUUUCUCUUAUCGAACGGAGCCAUUAGUUAUAACACAAAUCACAGUCCAAGUGGCUACUCUUCCAAUCGGUCACUUCUUAGCUACGAUUCUCCCGACGACAAAGUUCCGGUUACCGGGCUUCGGGCCGAGAUUGUUUUCAUUGAAUCCAGGCCCGUUUAAUAUGAAGGAACAUGUUCUCAUUUCUAUAUUUGCUAAUGCUGGAAGUGCCUUUGGGAAUGGUUCAGCUUAUGCCGUUGGAAUAGUGACUAUUAUCAAAGCUUUUUACCGCAGAAAUAUUUCAUUUUUGGCUGGUUGGAUUCUUAUUAUUACCACUCAGGUUUUGGGAUAUGGAUGGGCUGGGCUUUUAAGGAAGUACGUAGUGGAGCCCGCCCAUAUGUGGUGGCCUGGUACUUUGGUUCAGGUCUCACUUUUCCGGGCCUUGCAUGAGAAAGAUGACCGGCGCAUGUCAAGAGCAAAAUUUUUCCUCAUUGCAUUGAUAUGCAGCUUUUGCUGGUAUUUGGUACCAGGAUAUCUAUUCUCAACACUCACGAGCAUCUCAUGGAUCUGCUGGGUAUUCUCCAAAUCAGUGACAGCUCAGCAAAUUGGAUCAGGCAUGAGGGGCCUUGGAGUUGGAGCUAUAACUCUAGAUUGGUCUGCUGUGGCAUCCUUCUUGUUCAGCCCCCUCAUCUGCCCUUUCUUUGCCAUUGUCAACAUCUUUGCAGGGUACAUGUUGAUAAUAUACAUGGUGAUCCCAAUAGCAUAUUGGGGAUUUGACUUGUAUGGUGCUUCCAAAUUUCCCAUUUUCUCAUCGCACUUAUACACAUCACAAGGUCAGAAGUACGAUAUAUCAGCCAUUGUGAAUGACAAGUUUGAGCUAGAUAUUGGCAAGUAUGAGGAGCAAGGGCGGAUACAUAUAAGCAUGUUCUUUGCUCUCACUUACGGUUUUGGUUUUGCUACUAUAGCAUCUACUCUUACACACGUGGCACUGUUCUAUGGAAGGGAAAUAUAUGAAAGAUUCCGAGCUUCAUAUAAGGGAAAGGAGGAUAUUCAUACAAGACUAAUGAGGAAAUACAAAGACAUACCUUCAUGGUGGUUCAAUGCAUUGCUUCUGGUGACACUAGCAGUCUCCCUAAUCCUCUGCAUUUUCUUGAAUAACCAAGUCCAGAUGCCAUGGUGGGGGCUUCUAUUUGCAAGUGCUAUUGCUUUUAUCUUCACGCUUCCAAUCAGCAUAAUAACAGCUACAACAAACCAGACCCCAGGCUUGAACAUAAUCACUGAAUAUGUCAUGGGAAUAAUACUACCAGGACGACCAAUAGCCAAUGUGUGCUUCAAAGUCUAUGGAUACAUGAGUAUGUCACAGGCUGUCUCUUUCCUCAGUGACUUCAAACUGGGCCACUACAUGAAGAUCCCCCCUCGAUCAAUGUUCUUGGUUCAGUUUUUAGGAACAAUAAUUUCUGGAACAAUCAACAUAUCUGUGGCAUGGUGGCUGCUAAACUCCAUCGAGAACAUAUGUCAAGAUGAUCUCCUUCCACCAAACAGUCCAUGGACAUGCCCAGGAGAUCGUGUUUUUUUCGAUGCAUCAGUUAUCUGGGGUUUAGUCGGACCAAAAAGGAUUUUUGGAACCCUUGGGAACUACAGCUCCAUGAACUGGUUCUUCCUUGGAGGAGCAAUAGGACCUGUAAUAGUGUGGCUCUUGCAUAAAAUGUUUCCAACACAAUCAUGGAUUCCCCUGAUCAACCUUCCAGUUCUUCUGGGAGCAACAGGUGCCAUGCCACCAGCAACACCAUUAAACUAUAAUGCAUGGGUCAUUGUCGGCACAAUUUUCAACUUCUUCAUCUUCCGAUACCGAAAGCAAUGGUGGCAGAGAUACAACUACAUUCUAUCCGCAGCAUUGGAUGCAGGAGUAGCUUUCAUGGCAGUCCUACUAUAUUUCUCAUUGGGAAUGGAGAAUAAAGGAGUGACUUGGUGGGGAACCAACGGGGAACACUGUAAAUUGGCAACUUGUCCAACAGCCAAAGGCAUAGCUAUUGAUGGGUGUCCAGCUAGAUAAGUGGAUAUAUUCAGUAUAAACUAUAUGUAUUUAAGGGACCAAAAUAAUCUCUAUAUUCUCUCAAGUAGUAUUCAGAAGUUACACACCUAGAUUUGAAAAAUCAUCACCAGUUUACUCAUUACUGCAUAUUGCUCCCACCUAAAUUCUCUCUUGUAAGUAAUGACAAACAUUCUUGUAAAAAAAGAUUGUUAACAUCUUCUACAGUUCUACUGUGUAUUCAACUGCAAUCACAUUUGCCAUGGAAGAAUUAAAUUCUUCGCACUCUAUCUUCCUCAAUCUUGGUUAUAGUAAAAAAAGGUCAUGCAGUUACAAUCUGAGAAGAUGUUCUCUGAGACUGAAAGCCAUUAUGCAUCCAUCAGUCUGAUGUAGCAGGAGGAAAACUGAAACGUGCACAAACACAGGAACACUAGUAUGUGAGGUAGGGAUGACAAACGGGGAAGGGCGGGCCUGUAGCGGGGAAAACCGGCAAAGACUUCAACCCACCCCGUCCUGCAUAAACCUGCACCACCCUGCACAGUUUUCUAUCCCUGCAAUUGUCACUGCCUUACUUUAAUAUUUCUUUGCUAAGUAGUAAUAUUAAUUUAAUUUAGAAGUUGUUGUAAGAUAAGAAAGAUGGAUUUCACUGAU